GCUACAACAACUAAAACGUAUUAUACCAAGAACAAGUGUCAAUAUCGGCAUAUAACUUGUCAUUUAUAUUACCAUAAGCAUACCUAUGUUUAUAUAUUACCGUGUCGAUGUUACCUUAUAGCCUCUUAACCGCCAUAAAUCAGCUGUUUAGUAGUGUGCAUCGUAAUAUCAGAAAACUGCUGAUAGGCAUGUUUUUAUCACAUUAAUUUUGUUUGAAAUAUCAUAAUAAACUAGUUGAAAAAAAUAUUAUUGGAUUUAUUGUUGUCUUCUUAACAUUUAAAAUAGUUAUUUUUAAUCAAUUACAAUGGUUAGCAAUGAAAAACCCAGUCAAUUGGAUAAGUUGCAUAUCUGCUACAUAUGCGUACAAGGUAUAGUAAUUAUCAUUCGUUAUUUAUUUAUUUUCUCUACAUAUUUGAUAACUUUUUCUUUACUUAUUGAUCAAUAUUACAAGUUUCAACGUUUCCAUCACAAGUUUUCUUGGAUAUUUGUAUCAUUCAUUAUUGAUCUACAAGAAUUUUGUACUAUGGCUUCAAAAAAUAUAUUGCAAGAUAAUGAAAUUGAAGAUCUACUUUUUUUAACACCUCCUGAAGGAUCUGAGGAUGAAUUAGAGGAUUUCAAUAUAGAUGAACUGGUUUGUGAAAAUUAUGAUACUGAUACAUAUGAUCAUAAUGAUGAUAAUGUUGAUAUUAUUGACCUUCCUGAUUUAGAUCAAAAUAUUUUUAUUCCAAAUAAUGCUAUUGAAUUAGCAGAUCCGAUACUUAUUGUUGUACCCAAUUCUGAAUCUUUAAAUUUAAGGCAGCCUUUGGUAAAUAGUACUAAAACUAGUGAAGUGUCAGUCGUGCACACUCCAACUGUUGAUAAAAUAAAUACUACUAAACGAACCAAAUUUCGUGAAAUUAAAUCUGUUGUUUGGAAAAAGCGACCAUUUCAGAUUUCUCCUGAUGAAAUUAAAUUUAAAGGUGACACUUCUCUCCCACAAGACCCUUUUUUGGAUUUAGAAUCCCCUUUAGAUUUUUUUAACUAUUUUUUUUCUUCUGAUCUCUUACAACAUAUAUGUGAAGAAUCGUUGAGGUAUAGUUUACAAAAAAAUGUGAAUAAACCAUUUGAAAUAACAGAAACUGAUUUAAAACGAUAUUUGGGAAUAUGUAUUAUGACUUCCAUAUGUAUAGUUCCUGAUAUUAGGCAAUAUUGGUCUGAGAAUUUAGAAAAUAAUGUAAUAAAAAACACUAUGACAGUAAAUAAAUUUGAAAAAAUUAGACAGUUCCUACAUUUUUGUAAUAAUGAUAUUUAUAUCCCUAGAGGACAACCAGGGCAUGAUAGAUUGUUUAGAAUUAGAACUGUUUUAGAAACUCUUAAAAAAAGAUUUCAAACUGUACCUUUAGAGGAGUCACCAUCUGUUGAUUAGCAACGAUGUGCUACUAAAGGAAGACAUUACAUGAAGCAGUAUAU